AUCGGUAUCUUCUCGCCAUGCAGCAGUUCCAGGCGCUCGAGGCGCUGCGCAACUCGGUGCACGCGCUACUGCGUCAAAUCGACGCCCACGAGAGCGACAACAACAACAGCAACAGCAGCCAUGCACCGGACGCCUGUGCCGGCGACGUCUGCGCGGCCAUCGAAGCGUGCUUGCACCAUGGCCUCAAGCGCGUGUCGGCCACCGAGACGGUCUCGCUCUGGGGGCUUAUCCAGUGGACCAACAUCGCCCAGCAAAAGCGGCAUCGCGCAUGGCUCGCCGCACAAUCCAAGUCGCCAACCGCAGCGGCGGCGGAUGACGACUGGUACAAUGACAUGUUCAAGGACGAGCUUCAAGGCAUCACAUCGCUGGCCGACGACAACCAGCGGCUGGAGCUUAGCGUCUCGGAGAGCCCGAUGACACCGGGCUUGAAUGCGUCGAUCCGCACCGCCAACUCGCUCUUGCACGUCAAAACACCGAUCGGACGCGUGCGCGCCUGGAUCCGCCAGUGCUGCAACACGCACAUCCUCAGCGCGUGCUUGGCAGGGCUCAUGCACCCGCUCAACCAUGCAACGCUGCAGACGUACUUUGAACCAUCGGCGCUUUGCCUCAACGAAGACGCGCGCGAGAUCUUUGUUGGUCUGACAUCGACAUUGGAUCGACUCACGUUUGGUUUUGCGCUCAAUAAUGGACCGGCGGAAGAGAUUACGAAGCGGCAGGCAUUGGCGCGACCCGUGGCAGCGCCUGCCGCCGCCGCGCCCGCCAACCACAAUGUCUUGCAAGUCCUCGACACGAAGGCGCAGCAACUCUACGAGCUGCUGCGGCAUACACUGCCUCCGAUUUUGAGCCCCCGCGCGCUGGACGAGGUCGGCAUGACCAACGAGACACAUCGCCUCUUUGGUGUCCCGCUUGCGUCCCUGCUUCUGGACGCUCGGACGUGUGCCAUUGCGUCCAUCGACCCGCUCCUCGGUGUGCCCAACCUCGUCGAAGGGUGUUGCCGCUUGAUUGACGCGGCCACGGCGGUUGGCACGCCUGGAUUGUUUGCGGCCAAGAUCAACGCCACGCGCUUCGCCCAGCUGACGCAGCAAGUCCAAGCGGUUGGCUGCUUGAGUAUCUGGAGCAGCGUGCACCAUGGUAUCAUCCUUCUCAUCAAGUUUAUGAGGGACUUGCCCGACCCGAUCAUUCCCGCGCCCCUCUACGGCCGGUUCCGUCGCAUUCACGACUUGGAGGGACGCCAUGUCCAAGUCCUCGCCCUCACGCAGCUCGUGGGCGAGCUGCACUGGAGCGUCAAACCGCUUCUCGUGCGGCUCUGCGCGACGAUCGACCGCGUCUUGCGGCUCUCAAACGACACGACCGUCGACCGCAUCGCCGAUGUCUUUGUCCGCGUCCUGUUCCCGCGGUCCGCACCAGCUGCCGACGAGGCGGCGCUGACCCAGCUCGUGACCGUCCUGUUUCUAAACGCCGACACCAUUUUGGCAGAAACCCGUGGCACGCUCUCGGACCGUCGCCAUUACGUCAUGACCAAGCUCGAGCGCCUCGCAGCGAUUCCCCGCGACCGUCAAAACGAUGUCCGCACGUCGCCCGAAUGGAUGCAGUUCCAAGAGGCGUAUGGCCUCGCGGCCGAGAGCGACGACACGCUGCGUGCGUCACUCCGUGGCGGCGGCCGCCUCGUGGUGCAGUGCAUGCUGCACUUUCUCGCCGAGCAUCAGGAAAUUGCGCAGCAGAUCAUUGCGCAGCGGUCGUCCUGUGCCGUGGACGCCAAGCACUACCCCGUGCGCAGCUCGAGCGUCUACCUUGUGCGGAUGCUGGUCGAGAUCCUGGGCCUCGACGGCACCCCAAGCGCCCUCGACGUCGUGGAUCUGGACACGCGCACGUGGCUAGCGCGCUGCGACGGCGUCAACGACGGGCCGUUAAUGCCGCUGCCAACGCACGCCGGUGUCGCGAUUGUCCAGCGCGGCCUCUGGGCGUUGUUUGACGACGCCAAGGCGUUUGAGCGGCUCUUUGGCUUGAGUUUCCUGCUCUUUGAUCGCAACUGGACGCGGUCGGGCGCGACGUGCAUGGACUUUAACACGAUCUUGGCCGAGACCCAGUGUCAGAUACAAUCGCUCUUGCGCGACGAGCCAGAGACCAUCUCGGACCUCUGGCAGCGCUGGUCGGACCGCAUUUCGCAGCAGUAUUUGCAGCCCGCGACCCAAGCCCCCCGCGCACUGGCGCACAUGCGAUCGUACAUCGUGGUGUGGGAAGGCGGCGUGACGGUGCGUGCGUCACCCACAACCCAGGGCGAAGCGCUCGGCGCCCGAAACAAAGGGGACCGCAUCGAAACCGUUCUCAAGGCGGGCGACUGGCUCAAGAUCCGCGAUGCACCGGGUGUGCACGACUCGGGCUGGGUGCGUCGGCGAACGGCCAAUGUGACGCUGCUCGAGCUCGUUGCGUAACCUCGACGCCUUGGCACUGCAUUGGGCUUGCAUGAUCCGUCCUCGUUGUUCAUGUCGUUGGUUGUUUCUUAAACAAAUGGUAUACUUCUAUAUUGCACA